CCCCCACCAGAACACUCGCCAUUUUAUCUUCUCAAAGUAUUUCUUUUUCUUCCUCUCAUUUUGUCCCUUAAAACCCCUCCCAAUUCCUGACAGAAUGGCCAAAGGAGGCAAGCUAACCAAGCUGAAGUCAGUCCUGAAGAAACUGAACUCAUUCAACAGCAAGCAAAGCCGCCCGAGUGGAAGCUCGAUAGCUGCCACCGCUGAUGACUCCUCCACCUCUUCCUACUCUGUGGGAGACCUCCAUCCGGUCUAUGUAGGAAAGUCACGCAGACGCUACCUUAUCAGCUCUGAUAUCAUCGACCACCCUUUGUUUCGCGAGCUUGCAGAAAGGUCGAGUGAGUCUGAUGAUCAUACAAUAAGCAUUGCUUGCGAGGUUGUUUUGUUCGAGCACUUGCUAUGGAUGUUGGAGAAUGGUGAUACACAGGCUGAGUCUUUAGAUGAGCUUGUCGAAUUCUACGCUUGUUGAUGAUGAUGCCAAAAAUCAAUGUCCGAAAAAGAAAAAUAUAUAUAUAAUAUAUAUAUAUAUAUUUACUUGGGCAACUAAAGAUGAUGAUGAUGAUCAAUAACUGUGAACUGCAGUAUUGGUAUAUAUUUAGAGAGUUGAGUUUAUUUGUAAAUUGAUGAAAUAAUGAUGAUUAGUGGUGUAGAAAGCAAAAAAAAAAAAAAAAUCAUAGAAAAAGGAAUAUUGGAGGGAAGAGUUCUAUUGUUAUUCUGGGAGGGUGAGGAUUAACACAUUUUACACCAGCUAAUCUUUGAGACUGGUGAGGAUCAUAUUUGUUUGUACUUCAAAAAACGUUUUUUUUUUUUUUUCUUAUUCACAUGUAUAAUGCUCUUACAUUAUUCCUCAUAUUGAGAGAAUUUGAUGUGCCCAAUUCAAAUUU